AUGGCAAAAGAUGAGAAAGGCUCCCCUACGGGAGGAUCGAUCGGCGAUGUCGCAGCAAAUACUAGUAACCAGGUACAGCCACUGCCACAGGGCCAGUUAGAGUGGUGGACAAAAACUCGGAUGUUACUCUCUCGAGAAAAUACCAUAACCCCGACGUUUGGAUACUUUCGACUGUUGUUUGGGACGCAACCUGAAAAGACGGAUAUCGCUCUGAUAGUUAUUGGAACAAUUGCUGGGAUAGGCGCAGGUAUCCCAUUUCCUCUGUUAGGCAUCCUAUUCGGUGCAUUAGUCGAUGACUUGAACUCGUCGACAUGCUCGACUACUCAGGCUCCGUCCGGGGGCUAUCAGGCUGCCAUCACCACAAAGGUGUUGCAGGUCAUUUACGUCUCGAUCCUAAACUUUGUGUGUAUGUACAUCCAUACUGGGUGCUGGAGCAUGGUCGGCGAACGCCUGGUGCGACGUUUACGAACCAAAUACUUCCACAGUCUUUUGAGGCAGGAAAUAUCCUACACAGACACUCUCCCUUCUGGAGAUGUCACUUCUCGACUGGUCAGUGAUAUCGAAGUGAUCCAGGCAGGAACCUCAGAGAAAGUAGGCCUGUUUAUCGGUACUAUCUCCUACUUUGUUGCCGCAUAUGUUGUUGCAUUCCUCAAAGCUGCUACUAUCGCAGCCAUGCUCGUGUCAGUUGUGCCAAUUUACUUCCUCAUGGCCUUUGGAGGAGGACACUAUAUAAAGAAAUACUCUGGCAGAAUUUCAACCCAUAUCAACGCUGCCACGUCAAUUGCAUCCUCCAGCUUGUCACAUAUGAGCAUUGUCCAUGCAUUCAAUGCGAAUGCGAGGCUAGAGACCUUGUUCGCCCACCACCUCGUCAGUGCAAGAAUGGACGCUUUAAAAAAGGCCAUUACACAUUCCAUACAGUUUGGCAUGCUUUAUUUCGUAGCAUACGCAUCGAAUGCGCUUGCAUUCUGGCAAGGGAGCAAAAUGAUUGCUGAUCUUGCGGACGGUAAACCCUCCAAUGUCUCGGUUGGCGCGGUCUACACCGUUAUAUUCGUUUUACUUGAUGCUUCGUUCGUCUUGAGCCAAAUGGCUCCGUUUAUGCAUAUUUUUGCUUCCGCAGCAUCUGCGGGUGAUAGGCUCAUGGCCACUAUCAAACGCCAGUCUGCCAUCGACGGGACUUCUUCUGAGGGUGACACAUCCAUUUCCCUGGCUGCGGAGGAAAUCGAGCUUCAUGAUGUUACGUUCAGAUACCCAGCUCGGCCCGAGGUUCCUGUUCUGCAAGGUGUGAGCUUCAAGAUUCCUCCAAACAAGCACACUGCCAUCGUAGGAACCUCAGGAAGUGGAAAAUCGACUAUUGUAGCACUCCUGGAACGACUAUACGAUCCUAUCACUGGCUGUAUCCGCGUUGGAAAUCGGGACCUGAAGGAAAUCAAUGUCCGACAUCUACGUGGGAGCAUCGGGUUAGUUCAGCAGGAACCAAAUCUGCUUGAUCGAUCUAUACUGGAAAACAUUGCCCAUGGUCUCGUUAGUUCAUCGCAAAAGAAACAUGAACAUCUUCUCUCCACCUUGUUGGACUCCAGCCUUUCCGACCUUACGGAGAAAAUGCGUCAAGGUGCAAGCGAAGACGAAGCUGUAGCAGAGCAUGGAGAUCUAGUUCGAGAGAUUGUCAAUCUCGCACGCCACGCGGCUACGCUGGCGAAUGCGAUCGACUUCAUCAACUCAUUGCCUGACGGUCUGGCGACAAGAGUAGGAAGUUCUGGUGCAGAACUGAGCGGUGGUCAGAAGCAGCGAAUUGCCCUUGCUCGUGCCCUUAUUCGUGAUCCUCCGCUGCUGCUACUGGAUGAAGCCACGGCAGCACUUGACUCUACCAGUGAACGACUGAUACAGGCAGCAUUGAACAAGGUGUCUGAGAAUGUGACGACUGUUUCUAUUGCACAUCGACUGGCUACUGCUAAGGAUGCCGACAACAUCAUUGUUAUGCAAAAAGGAAAAGUUAUGGAACAAGGCACCCAUAUGAACCUCGUAGCACAGGACGGGGUGUAUGCUGGUAUGGUCCGGCUGCAAAACCUAGGGAAGUUCAGCUCCUCCAGCUCGAUCAUGACCGAAUCUACUCAGAUUGAUAUCCAUCCCGACCGAUCUCUUAACACUACCGAUACGUUCGUGAAUAAAGAGGAGGCAUUGGCCGCGGAGCAACGUGCUCUCGACGAAAAAGAGAAACCUGCCCAACUAUAUAUACCUAAAGAUGCAGAAGCUGUGGAUGCCGAGUCUGAAGAGAAGAAGCAGGAGAAGCCAAAGCAGGGUCUACUGGCCACGAUGAAGGGGUCAUUUCCACUUAUUCGUCCGAAUCUUCUGCUUAUCGCGCUUGGCCUGGCUACCUCCAUCAUGAUCGGAGUCAGUUAUACGGGUGAAGCCGUCAUAUUCGGCCACACGGUAGGCAGUUUGAGCAUCUGUAGAGGCGGCCCAAGCAUUCGUUCCAGUGGUAUGCUCUUUGGUCUGCUCUUCUUCGUCCUUGCGGUCGUCAAAUUUACGGCCGUGAUUGUGAAUGGAGCUGCAUUUGGUUGGGCAGCUGAAAAAACGCUCUAUCGAACACGGGUUCUCUCGCUGCGCUCACUUCUUCGCCAGCCAUUGGAAUGGCAUACGGCGGAUGGACGGACGCCUGGGCUAUUGAUUGCUCACGUUACGAGUGAUGCUUCGGCCCUUAGCAGCUUAACAGGCACAACCAUCGGAGUUCUGUUUUCUACCGUUGCAAACCUAUUUGCAGGUGUUAUCUUGUCACAUAUCAUUGCAUGGAAGAUAGCGGUAGUCCUCCUAGCUACCCUACCAGUCCUACUCGCUUCCGGUGUCCUUCGACUCCGUGUAAUGGCUCAGUAUCAAAAGAAGCAUCAAAAGGCAUACGCAAAGGCGACGGCCAUUACUGUCGAAGCAGUUGAUAACAUCAAGUCUAUUGCAGCAUUCUCUCUCGAGCGUGAAGCCUAUAGUGUCUUCAGCCGCUCUCUGAAAGCUCCAUACAAGUCGAACAUGAAGUCAGUCUUGUAUGGAAACUUCUGGCUCUCGCUGGCAUACAGUAUCAGCACGCUGGUAUAUGCACUGGCAUACUGGUGGGGAUCGCAGCAGAUUCUGUCCGGAAUGUAUACCCAGGUUCAAUUCUUCAUCGUCCUGCCUGCACUGCUGUUCAGUACGCAGUCGUGUGGCCAGAUGUUCGCCCUGGUACCUGAUAUCUCCAAAGCCCGCAUUGCAGCCUCCAACAUCGUCGAUCUCCUAUCCAUCAAACACGACGGAGACGAAGAAUACGAACAGGCCGGCUCCAAGGCUGCCAGACACUCUGAUCCACGAUUCUACAUGAAUGAAGAUAAGCCCAGGGACGUGGAAGCCCAGGUAAACACCACCACUCCAUCGUCUUUCCCUACAAAGGGCAUGGGUGUUCAAUUCCGCAACGUCCACUUCCGGUAUCCUUCUCGCCCCAACCAGCCUGCACUGGAUGAUUUGACCAUCAACAUUCUUCCAGGCCAGUUCUGCGCACUGGUCGGUCCAUCCGGCUCCGGUAAAUCGACCACCUUUGCCUUGCUGGAGAAAUUCUACAACCCAGCUUCUGGCUCCAUCUUCAUUGACGGGGUAGAUAUAACCAAACAGUCAGGCGCUUCCUUCCGGGAUACCAUCUCCCUCGUACCACAGGAGAACGUCAUGUUCGAAGGCACAGUGGCAUUUAACAUCGGCCUAGGCGCCCGUCCAGACGUGGAGGCGACACAGGAAGAAAUCGAAGAAGCAUGUCGUCUGGCGAAUAUACACGACACCAUCGCCGCGUUGCCUGACGGGUAUAAUACUGUCUGUGGACAGGAUGGGAAACAGUUCAGCGGCGGUCAGAGGCAGCGGUUGAGCAUUGCCAGGGCGUUGGUGAGAAAGCCUAGACUGCUACUGCUGGAUGAAUCGACUAGUGCACUCGACGUUGAGAGCGAGAAGCAUGUACAGGAUGCGUUGGUGAAGGUAGCACGUAAGACGACUAUCGUUGCUAUAGCGCAUCGGUUGAAUACGAUUCAUCGUGCGGAUAGGAUCUUUAUGAUUGAGGGUGGGAAGUGUGUUGACCAGGGGACGCAUGCUGAGCUGGUGGAGAGGUGUGAGAGUUAUAGAGCGAACGUUAUCCACCAAUCGUUAGAUACGUAA